UCAUCAUAUGCGUCAAACUUUGUAUGGUGCUUAUCUCAGAGUAUGGCCUAGUUCUGGGGUAUUGGCCAAGUUUUUGGUUGAUCGACUUUCGUCACUAUCUCCCAUCAUAAAAGACCCAACUCUAUUAGAACUUGGAGCAGGAGUAGGAUUUUGUAGUAUUGCCACUAGUCUCAUCACAGGUUACAAUAUAGUUGCCACCGAGGGAGACACCCGUGUAUUCACCUAUUUGGAACGCAAUUGUCAACAGAUUGAAAGGACACAUCCAGAGAGACUGCAGUGGGGAGACGACCAUGCCAUUCAAGAGUUGCGUCAAAAGUAUGCAUUGAAAGGAUUUCAAUACGUUUUUGGUGCAGAUGUCGUUUAUCAAAAGGAAAGCAUACCUUUGUUGGUUUACACUAUUGCUCAUUGUUUGGUUGCACGACAUGGGCUCGUUUUUCUAGCUUUCUCUCUUCAGUUUGGACAACUUGAAGGUCAACUGUUGGAUUGUAUGGAAAAAUAUGAUUUUCAUCUAAAGGAACGACAGUUGCGUGAUUCCGUAAUCUUAAUAACUUUAGAAAGGCGUGGAUUUCAGAAUAUUCCGUUAUCCUGUAGUUAAGGAUAGUCCAAAGUGAAAUAUUCUCA